UUCUAAUCUUCCAUCCUUCAACGCUAUCUGUUCUGAUAACCAGUAAAGCUAAUUUCGAUUUUGCAUAGCUUGCUAAUUGUUCUUGGGAAUAAUAUCGCAAAAAAUGGAAACAAAAAGCACGAUGGAAACUGCUCCCAACUCCAUUCCUAGUUUGACAACAAUUGUGUUUGUACGAGAUUCCUAUGGUCGCUUGAAUUUUCCAUAAUCUGUUGAUGAUCUUUCUACGUCUAUUAAUUGAGGCAAUUGUCAAAUACAUUUGAGCAUGCUCGUUUUAGGAUUUAAGAUUUUGGGCAAUGAGUGGAGAGAGAAAUGAGAGUAAUAACUGAGAAAUUUUUUUUUUGGGAACCGUGCGCUGAGAGAAAGUCCAAAGUCCAAAAUCCCAGGACGAACAUGGUGUUAGUGUAUUACUGUACGAGCUGUUGCAAGCACUGGUUUUUGCGAUCAAGAUUAAGGUUCUUAGAAUGGAAAUGAUUGCUUUCAGUUUAGGCUUCAUUCCUUUGAAGAUACUGCCUUUUUGUUUGAACUUCCGGUUUUCCUUCUACAUAUUUAAUGUGAACAAUAGAGAAGAACAGAGGUAGGGUGAAGCCUUCAUGUGGGCCAUCCUAGCAACGGGGCUCGUCGAGUUUCCGCGACUUCAAGCGGACUUCCGCGGAGGCUGCUUCCCUGCGGAAACCUUCCGCGGACACUUUCCCAAGUUUUUUGUACACGUGUUCUUCUACAAUUGGGUAGUCAACCGUCUUUUCUAGGUCAAGAUUUUGACCAAAGUUUUCCUGCCAUGCGUGCCCCGCUGCCACGUGCCCAUCGCUAAUUGGCGAGUCAAACAGUCUUCUAAGGUCAAAGGUUGAUAACUCUGACCGCACUUACAAAAAGAACAUCAUUGGCUAUGUAAAAUGGAUUCAGAUAGGAUCAGUAAUGUGCCAGAUUCCCUACUGUGUCACAUACUUUCAUUACUUCCCACAAAUAAUGCAGUGGGAACCAGCAUCCUAUCAACAAGAUGGCGGUACCUUUGGACUGGUGCAACUAACCUUGACAUUGAUGAUUCUAUGCUCUUCCAUGACCGCGAUAAAUUUGAGGGUCGAUAUGAGAUGGUCAAUUUAAGCUUUAUGAAUUUCGUGAACAGAGUAUUGCUUGAGGUGGCCUGUUUAGAAAAAUUCCGACUUAGGGUAGAGGAGUGCUGUAGUUUUGAGUUUCCUCAUGUGUUUUUCACAAUUAAAAUGCUGGUGAAUCUAACACUGCAGGGAUGUUUUCUCUUGAGAAUUCCCACUUCUGUUUGUCUUCCUAGUCUUAAGAUUCUUAACCUAGUGGAACUGCAAUGUGAGUAAGAAGACUCAGCACAGAAUCUCUUCUCCAGAUGCCCAGUUCUCGAAGAGUUGCAUAUGUCAGGGUAUGCGCGUCCUUCUGCUAAUUCGAAGACAUGGAAUAUUUCUGUGCCUACUUUGAAACGUCUGACUGUAUUUCGUGUCAGAGGAUCGUCUAACUGUUGUAGAUUUGAUAACCAAGUUUACAAGCUUGUAGUUAAUGCCCCCAAACUGGUACAGUUUGAUCUCUCAGAUUCUGUGACAGUGGAAUUCUCCUUGGUGAAUUUAACGUCGUUGUUGAAGGCAAAAGUUCGUACUUGCUUGUCUCGCUCAAGGUCUCCCCACAAAUCUUGUCCCAACGCAUUUUAGCUUCUUACAGGGAUUGCAAAUGUCAAGUUUCUUGAUAUAAUCAUCGAGGUUGAGGGUCAUGUUCUGCCUACUUUUCAUAAUUUGACCCAUUUGAGGAUUGGUUUGGAUUGCGUCUCUUGCUGGAAUUGGGAUUUGCUCAAGGAUUUUCUUCAGUGCUCACCUAAUCUUGAAGUUCUUAUUCUUGAGGUGUAGAGCCCUGGUUCAGCCGAAUUAUGGAGUCCAGCUCCACAAGUGCCUUGUUGUUUGUCAUGGCAUCUCAAGGAAGUUGAGAUCCCGCAAUUUGAUGGAAAAGAAUACCAGCUUGAAUUGGUAAAAUAUUUGCUGAAAAAUACUACAGUUCUGAAGAAGAUGACGAUUGGUUAUCUCAAUUCAGGUAUCUGCUUCUGCAACCUAUCAAAAAAAUGAGAAAGUCAGGUAGCUGUGUUUGCAUGGCAUUGUCAGCAUUUCCAAGGGGCUCAGAGACUUGUGAACUUAAUCUCCAUCAUUGAAGUUGUAAGACCAUUUUCCUUUUUUGAGGCAUGAAUUUGCAUUGCUGUAAGACAUGGAUAACAGGUUGGAGGGUACUUAAUGGAUAUGAUAUUCUUGUUGGGUUGCAGGUCGAUGCAGAAUUCACGUGCCAAUCGUUUCAACCUUUUGUUGCUUUUCGUACCCACUUCUUUUGUAGCCUCCUGUGUUCAUGCUAAGGGUUCCUCUUUAUCUUUGCUUUUUCUAGGAGUCGUCUGAGCUGCUGGAGUGAGUUGAUGUGUCUGGGACUUGUUGCUCUGUUUGUAGUUGUAAUCUUUGAGAUGCUCUUAGUCUCUCUUUGUUUUUGUUUUUGGGUAAGUCAAUUGAAGUCUAUCUUUGUUGUUGGUGCAUAAGGAAAAAGGACAUGGAUGAGGAAAACACACAUCAAGGUUCCAGAACAACUUCUCGUACUUGUUAAUUUUGUCAAAAAUGCUUGGACGUCUUGAUUUAGGUAAUAGCUGCGUACGGUAGUGGAUCCAUGUGUCUGAAAGUCUUGUUAUAAACCAAUUUGUGCUA